AUGAUGAAGAUACAAAGUAUGUGCCUGUUAGGGAUGCUGGCUAUGUUUGGCAACCUUGCAAAUAUCCUGCUCCUCCUCGCAACCUUUCUGCCACCAGCUAAUCCUGUUCCUCCUCCUCCUCGCUGCCUUCCUUUGGCAUAUCCUUCUCCUCCUGGCUACAUUACACCUGCAAAUCCUGCAGCCAGUCAGUCAAAUUCAACAGCAGAGGUUAUGCCCAAAAAAAUUCCGAGACAGCCUCCUCAGAGCCAAUGA